AAUGGAGGAGGGGGUGGAGCAUUUGCUGGUGUCACUUGUGCAAACCUUAUCCUAACUUCUGUGUUGUGUCGACUUGCUGCUCAGCACUCCGAGACUUGCCCCAAAAUGUAGUUUUCUGACACAGAUGCUGUGCUUCUCCUCUGAGUAUUGGUCCAGCAGGCAGGAUGCUGGGGACAGCACGGCCAACACAAAACUCUGCUGGAGCACUGAGCAGGCUGCAGAGUCAGAAAACACACCUGAAAAGUAUUUGUCUGCAGUAUCUGCUUCUGAACAGCCACUGCUUUUGCCUUUUAAAGAAUGAAAUGGGACUAAUCAUCUUCUUCCUAUGUGCUUAUGUACCAAAGACAGAAGCAGAUCGUUGCAAGUGGGAAGAAGUUCUGCAAGAUUUGCAAACGAUCAAGACGUCCAAAGAUAUUGAUGUCAGUUUAUACACUGCAAACGCAGAUGAGGAUGAAGAAUGCCAAGAACUUGUAAUGAGGUGCUUUUUCUUAGAGACAGAAGUGAUAUUUCAAGAAUGCCGUAUCAAAAAUUGUAGUAAAACACAGGAUGUGUGGAACAUAUGGAAAAAUGGAAAUGACAGCUUCAAAAAAAACAAGUUGGCUUCCACAAAAUCAGAAAAAUGCAAAGAAUGUGAAGAAUAUGAAGAAAAAAAUUUUACAGAAUUUGUACAAAAUUUUGAAAAGGUUAUACAAAGGGAUUGCAAACACUGGUCAAAAAGACAUAAGCUGGGAAACAAGAUUCUUACAUGAAGACUCUCAGAGAAAUUAGAUGAUGACCAAAAAUAAACCAGAAAAAAAAUUUAUAAUCCUGUUGGCUAUCUCUUAAUAUAUCUGUUUCUAUUGUGGUUUUCAGGUAAGCUCAAUUACUUCUUCUGUCCAAGAACUCAAAGUCAAAAAUUAGAAUAUUUAUGUGAAGACUCUUCUUUGCCUUUUCCCCCUUUUGUACAAUGGUAGCAUAAGGGCAUUAAAAAUUAACUCCAGUUUUCUCACAGAAGGUAAAGCUGGUGCUUGGUUCUCAUAGCCAACAACAACAUGUUCUGUUCCUUCAUUUGUUACCUCUAACAUGACUUUAUUCAUUCCUGUAAUGACUACAACUCCUUUAUUGAUUACCAAACAUUUCAAUUGAGAUGUCAGCCAAAGCAGUGUUAAUUUAAUUCUCUGAAUAAAGUAAGUGACCAAG